AUGGGCGUGGAAAAGCAUUUUGAGGGGAAGAGGGUCAACCUGAGUGUGGAUCUGCCCCCAUAUGUUAACCGGGUCUCAAACUUGAUUAAUGCAGAAAAUAGAACCUGGGACAGCAAUCUAGUAAGGACCAUCUUUAGUCAAGAAGAGGCGGGGGAGAUUCUACAAUUACCUGUGAGCAGUACGGGUCAAGAAGAUAAACUGAUUUGGCAACACUCAAUUUCAGGAGGAUUCAAUGUGAAAACGGCUUACCAUGUUUACCACUCUCAAUCCGAGAGAGCUCCUAGUUCAGGUCACCAUUUAAGGGCUCAAGCUGAGGUGAACUGGAAACUCAUCUGGAAGUUAGGAGUCACUCCAAAUGUCCGAACCUUCGUGUGGAAAGUCUUGAACAACGGACUGGUACUGGAACUGAUUGAUGACCAUAACGGAUUGAGGGAGGUGUGGGGAAAGCUCGAAAACAAGUAUAGCGAGCAAAAAGAGAAGGUCGGAUUCUUAUCCACUGUCUCUUGGUUCUUGUGGGCAAUUUGGCGAUCUCGAAAUGCUAUGAUUUUUCGGGAGAAGCAUGAUGAGCCAGCUGAGGUAGUGGGGAAUGCUAUGGUCCUUCAGAACGAAUUCAUUAGAGCUGGACAACGGCCUCCUGCCAUAACUCGCCCCUGCACAACCGCCAACGCGCCAAGUGAACCAUCUGGAGGGUCGAGUACAGGUGUUGGAGCGGUGGUAGUUCGUAACCAUAGGGGUUUGGCUAUUAGUUCAGCUACCUCUCGCUAUUUCAAUGUGGCUUCACCGGCAAUCCUUGAGGCAAUGGCAAUGAGAGAUGCAAUCAAUCUUGCAAAAAGUCUACAACUAACAGAAGUAAUAUUUGAAGGGGAUGCAAAGGUACUCAUUGAUGCCAUGAUAAAGAAUUCAAAUGUAGAUUACAACUGUGAUGUUAUUAUUCAAGAUUGUAAAGUGUUAGCGGAAACUCUUAUGCCGCAUUCAUUCAUUUUCGUUAGACGAGUAAACAAUUGGGUGGCACAUUCGUUGGCCAAAAAAGCCCUUAGAGACAAUAGCUUUUGUUGUAAUAAUCUAGCACAAUUGGUGUGGCCAGACUCGAGACUCUUGUAG